UUUUUUCCGAUAGAGGUAUCGGAGAGACUUUGGCUUCCCACAUAGCAGUACCAUUCUUCGGAAGUGGUUCGUUGCAGAUGCCGCUGACGACACUUUUCAAAACGUUUUCGUCGAACGGCUUGUCCUCGGGUAUGUCUAGCAGACUCGAGCAAUCGUCCACGCCGAGGUACAUUUUUGCUUCCGGAGUCCCGGCGGUCGUAGAAGAGUCUGCCCAAGUUAUCGACGCUUUGCACGGGAUCAAUGGGGGCCGGUUCUGUUCUCAAAUGAGACCAGAAUAUGUCUUUUUGGUAGUGACCGACGAAAAAAAGUAUACCAAGGACCAGGAAAGCGAUUUGCAGAAUGCUGCAAUGGAGAGCGGAGCCCUUAUGGAGAUAGAGCGUACGAGGCCAGUGAUAUCUAUUUCGCGUUUUUGCAGUAUCAUCCGGCAAUUGAAAUUUAUUACGCGCGAGACGGGAGAUUUCAUUCCCACAAUGUCGGCGACAGAAGCGGCGUGUACGAACGAACAAGUCGCGCGUGACGCUACCCGGUUCGAAAAGGCGUACCUCCAGUCGCCUGCGCAGUGCGACCUUCAGAAAAUCAAAGCGGCCUUGAAAGACUUGGCCGCGCAGCAUUCCAGAACCGCGGAAUCCGAGCCCGAGAACUGCGACAAGCAUCAACUGUCUGCCCAAAAAUGGAGGCACCAACUGCAAUUGCAAAGCGAGGACGAACAAAAGCUGCAACUAGAAGUUGCCAGGUUCGCGGAGUUGCAAACGCUGGGACCCGCUGUGCGACGGGUGGUGAGUUUAGGAAACAAAAAUGGAGUCGUGCCGCUGGCUUUCGACCUCUUGGUCUUCGUGUUCUGGGUCACCGACGAAAAAUUCAGACAGCAUCACUACCAAAGCCUUCUAGAGUACUAUUUCGAGAACCUCGGUUGUGGGCAACCAUUCACCAAAGACGACUUCAAGGCGCAAGUCCACGCCGCGCUGCUAGCUGCAAAGCUGGAAGUCGCUGGUCACUUGGAAUGUAACUCCGACAAACGAAAGGAACUGCUGGAUAACAUCUCAUCCGAUUUGAAAUUUAGGCGUCUAAGCAGGGAGGAUGUAUACGAAAUCGUCAGAAAUAAGUUCGGAACUACGGACUACGAGCUGGUGUUCUACGAAGUGGUGAGGCUAGGCGAGCAAAACGGCCACUUGGGUCAAUAUUAUAGACUGAACUUGGACGUGGAAGUCGAGGGACAACUUCAGCGGGUCGAGCUGUUUGUUAAAUUGUUGAUACAAGAUAACGCCACGUUGAAAGUUCUACUGGAGUCGGCUUCUAGGAAGGAAGAGUUCUUCUACCAAACGCUCAUGGCAGACUUCGAACGUCACGGCUUGCAGUCCAUACUGACGUUCGCUCCGAGAUGUUACUUCAGUCGGGUGAACGAUAUCUUGGUGCUGGACGACAUGACCGUGAGAGGAUUCUCCGACUUCAAGCCCAACGCGACGCUAGCCUACGAAGAGCUAAGCUUGUUGGUGCAACAGCUAGCAAGGCUCCACGCGUGCACGUUGAUACUAGAGGAGAAGCUCAGCAAAACAGAAGGAAAAGAAGUACGCUUGAACGACUUGUACGGCAAGUACGUAGAUCCCAUCGAAAUGACUCACGAGUUGGAAAUGUACAGAGCUAGUACCGACGGGAUCACCCAUUGCAUAGAAAAAUUUCCGCACGUCGCUCGGGAUAUACCCGUCGACGAAUUCAAAGCGAGAGCUGAGAAAAUAUACGACCUGAACUUGAAAAAGUACCAAGAUCCGAGAGGUUUCCGCAGAACGAUCGGACACGGCGACAUGUAUGUGGCAAACACUUUGGUUAGAUUUGACGAAUUCGGAAAACCGGUGGAAGCGAGCCUCAUCGACUUCCAGCUCGUCAAAUAUAGCCUGCCCACCGAGGAUUUGUUGAUCCUCAUUUACAUAAACAGCAGCAAGGCAACGAGAGACAGAUACAUGGAAAAACUGUUGCAGGAAUAUUACCGGGAAUUAGCUAGGUGCUUGGAAACUUUCGGAAUUGAUAUCGGCAGCGUGUUUAGUUUGAAAGAUUUCAACGCGGCCGUGAAAUACCUGAAGUCGCUAGCAAUCUGUCACGCGAUGUCGUACAACCAGUUCAUCAAGAGUCCGGACCACGUAAAGCAAAACGUCUUCACGAACGAAGAGAUGCACAAGCAUUACCUGAUCGACAACAAGAGGGAGUUCAUUGACAUGGGUAUGGCUUCGGAGGAUUUUAGGAAGUUGCACGAGGAUAUGAUUACGGAUUUCUAUGAAAUUUGUUUAAGCGAGGAUAUUUCAGAUUAGGCUAAGGUGUAGAAAUAGCAGCUGUGUAAUUUUUAAGCUCAUUAAAGUUUUUCGAGUAUCCAUAGUACAAACAUCAACUAGAAGAAAAAGGUAACUCUACCUCUCCAGUAAUUGAAACAAAUCUCGAUAAAGUUCCGUAUGUCCCAGCAUGGGCUAUUAACGGAAAUUAUUGGAAUAUAACUCAAAUUAUUGUUUUUCACCUUAAGCGUACGGAAUGCUGUAAAAACUUGUUGAUAGACAGACGAUUCAGUUCCGAUGUUUCCUCCCUAACUCAAAAGUCUUUGGUAAUAGUAUAUUUUCUACUCCCGCCUGCAAAAUACCUAAUUACACACCGAUCAAGCGUGCGAGAACGGCCACUUUACCACGUCAGGUUCGUUUCCCACGGAUCCGAGCCACUUCGGACAUUUCCGGAAUUUUACCGCACGGGUUUGGGAGCAAUCGGAUGUUUCCGGUGAUAUUUCCCGAGCUUUGAAUUUUGACGUUUGUUUAUUCUGACGGUUAUGUCAGUGAAUGUACUUGUGCGGUUUUGCGAAAACUAACGGUCAUAGAAACUGUAUAAUAUGCAACACAUUCGGAAUUUGAUUUAUUAGAUUUUGCAAUCCGAAUUGACAUAUAAAACAUUAUUUCAAACUUUUCUAACCAAAGAUUCGGCAAUAGAUUUAUCACUACUACAUUUUCUGAGAAAGGUUCCGAAUUACUGGAAAAUGGGUUCAACUUUAACAUAAAUUACUCAAACAGCAAUAAGGAGUUAAAUUGUUUAGGGGUUGAUUCCGAACCUGUUCUUGACGGUAAUAAUAACGAUAUCGUAAAUAAACGCGGCAACAAUACCAACUAAUAUUUAUGAAUCUUCAACCUCCAAAAUUAUAUUAUUCAAAUAAAUUAUACAAACAGGAUAUGCCCAGUAGUUACGUAGUUUCUUUUGUAACAGUCAACUCUCAACUCUACUAAUAAAAAUUUUAGAUUAUGUCGCCUUUAAACCUAAAUACGUUAUCAAAAAUUCGUUCGAACUAAACAACAAGGUUAAAAUUCCUCUUAAGGCAAUUCUAGUUUCCUUUGACGUCCAAAAUGUAUUUCCUAGCAUUCUACCAAUUGAUGCAAUAACGAUAAUAGACAAUAUUCUCACUCAGAGAGUAGUUAACACUAUCAUAAAACAACAACUAAAUAGUCUAAUAGUUUGUUUGGACUAAAAUUAUUUUGAAUUUACUGAUCAAGCGGAGCGAAGUUUUUAAUAAACAAGUGAGUUAAAAAGUUUACCGAACUUGUUGAGUACUAUACUUUUUCUACGACCGUCAGUUUCUGGGUACAUUUUCGCACUGACAUGAGCGUCAGAACUGACAAACGUCAAAAUUCAAAGCGUGGGAAAUAUCUCCGAAAACAUUGCUUCCAAACCCGUGCGGUAACAUCCCGGAAAUGUCUGAAGUGGCUCGAAACUGACGUGGUAAAGUGACGCUUCCUGCACGCUAGAUCGGUAAUUAGGCAUUUUACAGACGGGAGUAGAAAAACUUUUUAACUCGCUCGUUUAUUAAAAACUCGCUCCGCUCGUGUCAAAUAAACUCAUAAGUCAGAUGCCGUUUAUCGCACUUAUUGCA